AUGGUAAAGGCAGACAAGUCCAUAGAAAUUUUAGAUGAGAAUGAAAGUUUUAGACAAUCAAAGAAAGACAAAAAAGAAGAAGAACAGAAGUCCUCAGAAAAUGUAGAUCAGAGUGAAAAUUUGAGACAAUCAAAGAAAGACAAAAAAGAAGAAGAACAGAAGUCCUCAGAAAAUGUAGAUGAGAGUGAAAAUUUGAGACAAUCAAAGAAAGACAAAAAAGAAGAAGAACAGAAGUCCUCAGAAAAUGUAGAUGAGAGUGAAAAUUUGAGACAAUCAAAGAAAGACAAAAAAGAAGAAGAACAGAAGUCCUCAGAAAAUGUAGAUGAGAGUGAAAAUUUGAGACAAUCAAAGAAAGACAAAAAAGAAGAAGAACAGAAGUCCUCAGAAAAUGUAGAUGAGAGUGAAAAUUUGAGACAAUCAAAGAAAGACAAAAAAGAAGAAGAACAGAAGUCCUCAGAAAAUGUAGAUGAGAGUGAAAAUUUGAGACAAUCAAAGAAAGACAAAAAAGAAGAAGAACAGAAGUCCUCAGAAAAUGUAGAUGAGAGUGAAAAUUUGAGACAAUCAAAGAAAGACAAAAAAGAAGAAGAACAGAAGUCCUCAGAAAAUGUAGAUGAGAGUGAAAAUUUGAGACAAUCAAAGAAAGACAAAAAAGAAGAAGAACAGAAGUCCUCAGAAAAUGUAGAUGAGAGUGGAAACGUAAGACAAUCGAAGAGAGGAAAAAAAGAACAAGAAAAGAAGUCCUCAGAAAAUGUAGAUGAAAGUGAAAAUGUGAGAAAUUUGAAGAGGGUGAAAAAAGAAGAACAGAAGUCAACAGAAAAUGAAGAUGAAAGUGGAAAUGUAAGACAAUCGAAGAGAAGGAAAAAAGAACAAGAACAGUCACUAGAAAAUGUAGAUAAAAGAGAACAUGCUAGAAAAUCAAAGAGAGGGAAAAAAGAAGAAAAACAGAAGUCACUAGAAAAUGUAGAUGAAAGAGUAGAUAAUGUUAGACAACCGAAGAUCCAGAAAAAAGAUGAAGAUCAGAAGUCAACAGAAAAUGUAGAUGAGAGUGGUACAAGUGAGACGACGGAUUGGAAUGAGAUUACUUCUUUUGAGGAGUUUAGGAUUGCAAACAUUAGACCUGUGAGAAGUAGACUACAGUCAAUGAAAACAAACAAAACGGAGAAAAGAAUGAUUUAUAUGGUGAAGGGAGAUGAAAUCACGGCCAGAGUCCAGGGACCAGACAGAAUGUCAGUUCACCAGAUAGGUGAUUACUUGACAAUAGGGAAAUCAAAUACUACUCAACAAAAUCGAAAGGAACUUUCAAGACUAGUCAAUUUGAUUCCAAAACCAACAAACAUAGUGCCACCGAUCACAUCAGCCUGGUCCAUGUUAACAAACGGUGAUGUUGACUAUCAAGUUCAAUCUUUAAACACUUUGACCGAGGCUCUUGUUGACAAAGAAGCAACCAAAAAGGCUGUAUGCAAAAAAAUGAAAGGGACAUCUGCCCAAAAAAAGGGUGACAUUGAAAAAACUAAUUAAGUGUUUGAGGAGAAUUCAAUUGUUCAG